CCUUUUCUCUCUCUAGGCUUCUUCCUCAAAAAUCGAAAACCUUCUCUCUCUUCCAUUUGCGUGGACUGGUAAAACCAGUCUAUUCAGAUCGAAACACACUACUUUUCCAUGCUGGGUUCUUGCAGGAGCCUGGGUACUCGUAGCUAUCCUUCCUCACUGACAAACAAUCAUGUACUCUCUCUCACUGAAAUUCUUUGCAAGAGUUUGCGAUGUUUCACACUGGUUUCUGUUCAAGAGCAGCUGAAACCGGUGGAAAUAGAUCAAAACCGGCUGGUUUCCAUGUUGGGUUCUUGCAAAAACGUGGAAUCUUUAAAGAAGUUACACGCCCAGUUCUUGGUACUGGGUUUCUCUGAGAAUUUAUUUAGCGUAACAAAGAUGUUAACGAUGUAUUUUAUAUUAGGAAGCUGGGAAUCGGGCCGGUUGAUUUUUAACCAUAUAAAAAACCCUGAUCUUUAUUCAUGGAAGCUGAUGCUUGGGCUAUACUUAACAUCUAAUUUGUAUUCUGAACUUCUUUGUUUUUACCGGAGCAUGAAAGUUUACUGUCUAGAGAGUGAUAAUAGAGUUUUCGCUAUAGUACUGAGGGCCUGUUCAGAACUAAGAUCUUUGAAUGUAGGGAGAGAAAUACACUCCCAGAUUAUCAAAAUGGGCAAUCCUGAUAGUUUUAUCUUUUCGGGUUUGAUCAAUCUGUACAUGAAAUGCUCGAUAAUGGAUGAUGCCAAAUUAGUCUUUGACGAAAUGCCUGAGAAAAAUGUGGUUGCUUGGACCUCCAUGAUUGCUGGCUUUUUGCAGAAUGAAGCCCCUGAAGAAAGCUUGGUCUUCUUUAAUCCAAUGCAAAGGGCCAAGGUCAAACCUAACCAGUUUACUAUGGUGAGCUUGCUUUCAGGUUGUUCUCGACUGAAUUAUGGGCAUCAAGGCAAAUGGGUUCACUGUUACAUGAUCAAAACUGGAUUAAAUUCUAAUUCUUUCACUGCAACAGCUCUAUUGGAUAUGUACUCGAAGUGUGGAACUCUUAUUGAUGCUUGUGCAAUCUUUGAUGAUAUGCAUAGCACAGAUGUGGUUUCAUGGACAGCCAUGAUUUCCGGAUACACCCAAAAAGGCUCCCCUUUUGAUGCUCUGAAGCUUUUUAGGGAGAUGCGAAGGCUGGCUUUAUUGCCAAAUUCUCUCACUAUUGCGAGUGUUCUCUCAGCUUGUGCGAAAUUAGGCUCCCCAAAACAAGGAUUGUCAAUUCAUAAACUUGUAAUUAUGCUUGGAUUAGAAGGCAAUUUACUAGUAAGGAAUGCACUAAUAGAUAUGUAUGGCAAGUGUGGUAUGAUAGAUGAAUCUUCCUGUAUAUUUGAAAGUAUUCAAGAGAAGGAUCUUGUUACAUGGAAUUCCAUGAUAUCAGGUUAUUCUCAAUUGGGUUUUGGGCACGAAGCUCUAGUCUUGUUUCAGGGGAUGAGAUCGAAUGAUGUGCUUCCUGAUCCAAUCACAAUGGUGAGUGUUAUUUUAGCUUGUUCAUGGUUGGGUUCUCUAAAAAUGGGCGAGUCUUUUCAUGGCUUUUCCACCAAAGCUGGAUUUCUCUUGAAUGUUUAUGUGGGCACCUCUCUCAUAGACCUUUACGCAAAAUGUGGAUAUCCUAAGGUAGCAAGAAGUGUGUUCAAUGAGAUGAGAGAGAAAAACAUUGUGAGUUACAGUGCAAUGAUAAGUGGGUAUGGCAUUCAUGGCGACGCAGAAAAUUCCCUCUCUUUGCUCAGAGACCUAGAAAGAGAAAAACUACAACCCAACGACAUCAUUUUCACAGGAAUCUUAGCAGCUUGCAGUCACAAGGGGCUGGUCACCGAAGGCCGGAAGUGCUUUAAUAGAAUUAGUAGAGAUUAUGGAAUUAGUCCUUCGAUGAAGCAUUAUGCUUGUAUGGUUGAUCUUUUAGGGAGAGCUGGAAAGCUCAAUGAAGCUCUGGAAUUCAUAACGAAGAUGCCCAUAAAGCCUCAAGAGGCUAUAUGGGGAGCCUUGCUUCAUGCUUGUAGGCUUCACAUGGACGUUGAGAUUGCAGAAAUUGCAGCUAAUCAGCUAUUUGAUCUCAAGUCUGAAACACCAGGUUAUUAUGUGUUAAUGUCGAAUAUAUAUGCGGAGGCAGGAAGGUGGGAUGGUGUGAAAAUGGUGAGAGAGAUGAUGAGAGAGCGAAGGGUGAGGAAAUUGCCUGGUUGGAGCUCCAUAGAGGUUGAGAACAGAGUGCACUCAUUUACAGUCGGGGAUGCAUCGAGCCCAUUGACUGUACAGAUACAUGACGUGCUUGAGAGGCUUUCAAGACAUAUGGAGGAGACUAUGUGGGAGCUAUAGGCAUGCAUAUGUGCAU